UAUCAUUUGUAGUAAAUACGACGUACACCUCUGACAUGAUGCGAGGGUGUUAGUUGGUCCACCGUAUAUAUCCACCUCGCACUGGUAGCCCGUUAUCAAAAUACCAAUUGGUCAACAGGUAGGUGUGGACUCGACGCUAUCCAGCAUUCCAGUAUCAGUUUAUACGCAACACCUACUCACAUGGUUUGUAAUUUGCUGUUGAUUUUGAGAUUUUAACUACUUAAUUAUUUUUUUAUUAUUUGUUAUUGGUGUUCGGGCCCAGUCCCAUCGUGUCUCGUCCCCCGUUGAUUACCUUUUUCACGUUCGAAUGUUUUUGACGUAAAACGCGUUAGUCUCAGAUUGUGCUCUUACUGACUAGUUUUUAAUCCGAUGAAACUUAACGUCAGUGUAUUGAAUAUUCGUUGAAGCAGUGUUAGUGAAUUUUUUAACGUCAAUAACAGUUCGGUGAUCGAAAAGUGUGUCGCAGUUCAGUACGCUCACCUUUGUCAAGUCCUGUUCUCUAGCUCAAGUCCUCCGUGAAAACGUUCCAGAUGAAGCCCGCCGUGUGAAUAUUAUUGUAAGAAGUCGUUUCCUUUACUUCUAUUCGGUACCAAAAUCAAUAACAACCAAGCAGAACAUAAUUCGUUAUAAAACAGCAAGAGCAAUUAUUAAUGAUUCUAGGCAAUUCCAACUAGAUCAACAUCUAUAAUUUGUUACAAUGUCCAAGACACAUAACUUAAUCUGUGAUAAGAAAAAUAAUGCACACAAAUUGAUGUAUGCUUCUGAAGAAAAAUUUGUUGGUGCUAUUGAUGUAGGCUUUGGCAGUAUACGUUUCUUGGUUUUUUCAUCAAAAACUCACCUGCCAGUAGUUAUUCAUCAAAUAAAUGUAAAUAACAUAAGCAUGUAUGAAGGAUGGGUGGAACAAGAUCCAGAGGAUAUACUUAUAGGAGUCAAAGAAACUAUAGCUAUAACAUGCGAGAAACUCAAAAUUAUGAACAUAUUACCUUCAGCUAUUGCUGCAAUUGGUGUAACAAAUCAACGAGACACUACUUUAGUGUGGGACAAAUAUACAGGAGCACCGUUAUACAAUGCUUUAAUAUGGAUGGACAUGGCGAUUACACAAUCAAUAGUUGAUAGAUUCAGAAACAAACGAAUUCCUAAUUGUGAAACACCAGAUGAACAAAAAAAAUAUUUACAAUUAAAAUGCGGAACAACGUUGAAUCCAUACUUUAGUGUGUUCAAAUUGAUAUGGUUGAUUGAAAACGUACCUCAAGUUUCAAAAGCUAUUCAAGAAGAGAGGUGUAUGUUUGGUACAAUGGAUUCAUGGCUAAUUUGGAAUCUUACUGGUGGUGUAAACGGUGGAAUUCAUAUUACUGAUGUCACUAAUGCUUCUCGGACCAUGCUGAUGGAUAUUCAUUCAUUAAAAUGGGAUAAGACUUUAUUUAUAUUUUUUGAUAUACCUAAAACAUUAAUAUUUCCUGAUAUAAGGAGUUGUUCUGAAGUGUAUGGUCUAAUGGCUUGUGGACCACUGAUAGAUACACCAAUAUCUGGGUGCAUUGGUGAUCACCAAGGGGCCUUUGUGGGUCAGCUGUGUUUCACAGCUGGUGCUGUAAAGUGUACAUUUGGUACAAGCUGCUUUUUAUUGUAUAACACUGGUCGUAGGCCUGUGAUUUCUACUAACGGCCUUUUAACUACCAUCGCUUACAAAAUAGGCAAACACUCCGAUCCCAUUUAUGCUCUUGAAGGAUUUGUGGCUAUAGCUGAAAAUACUACUGAGUGGUUGAAACAUAAUAUGUGGAUCAUGGAUGUUUACAAGAAUAUGAAGGGAACUGAUAAUAAUGCAGAAGAAACAAAUGGAAUUCAUUUCGUUCCUGCUUUUGCUGAACUGUAUUCACCGUACUGGACAACUGAAGCUGAUGGUAAACUCACAGGACUGAUUAUGGAGACAUCAGAUGCACGUUUAAUGCGAGAAAUUCUAGAAGGAAUAUGUUCCAAGGCAAAAGACGUAAUGGAAUGUAUGCAGAAAGACACUGGACAUCCUAUUAUGGCAUUGAAUGUAGAUGGGAAUAUGUCUACCAGUGAUACAUUUUUGAAAGUUCUUACAAAUGUUUGUGGGUUUUCCAUAAUGCGUCCUAAAAUGUUGGACACUACAGCUCUAGGUGCUGCUUUUGCUGCUGGUUUUGCUGUUGGCAUUUGGAAUAUGAACACUGUUGAAUCAAACUAUGACACUUUUGUUCAGACUUUACCAAGAAAAGAACAAAUAUCAAAAUGCGUUAUGCUGGAAAAAACAGUUGAUUUGACUAAAGGUUUGGACAAAAGUGAUGAAGAAAACGAUAAUGAUGAUUUUGCUGGUUCUUCGCCAUUAAGAAUUACCAAAAGCUAAGUUAUAAAAUGUACAUGUGAAUUUUAAACAUUAUUUUUUUAAAUUA